AUGAUUUUCAACAUGACUACUGUUCCAUCGCUGGCACUCUCAGACUGGGAGCUGUUGCAAUGUAACCACACAGAGGCUUGGGAAUGGGUCUAUUCCAUACAGCCGACCUACAUGUCUAUCAUCUGUGUGCUGGGUGCAUUUGGCAAUGCCUUUGUCCUUGCUGUGUUUUGCAUUCAGAAAGGUCACUGCUCUGUGGCAGACAUCUAUCUGGGAAACCUUGCUGCUGCUGAUCUCUUCAUGGUGUGCUGCCUUCCCUUCUGGGUCAUCACUAUAAUUCACAAGUUCAACUGGUACUUUGGACAGCCCAUGUGCCAAGCGGUCAGCCUCAUAAUUGGUAUGAACUACUACUGCAGUAUGCUGUUCCUCAUGCUGGUUAGUUUGGACAGGUACCUAGUUCUGACAAGGCCGAUGUCUCUGGGGAGACGGAAAGGCACCAGCCAUGCCAAGGCUAUCUGUGUGGCUAUUUGGCUCACAGGAUUUUUGCUCAGCCUUCCAGCGUUGUUGUUUCGCUCAGUGGAGUUUUUCCCUGAAUUUGAGGCAGAGGCAUGCUAUAUGGAUUACCCUCAUGAUGGGUGGAGACUGCGUUACAACAUGACGGUUAAUGUGGUGGGUUUUCUGGUUCCUGUACCCCUUGUGUCUUAUUGUAGCUACCAUAUCAUUGUAAUUCUGAGUGACAAACAGGUGAGGAGGUGUUCAGCUGUGAAAACAGAAAGGAAGGCUGCAGUUUUGGUGCUUGUUGUUCUGUCAGUAUUCAUUCUCUGCUGGCUGCCCUUUCAGAUUUUUAUAUUCCUCGACACACUAUAUUAUUUUAAUGUCAUAUCUGGUUGCCUCUGGGGACACAGUCUGGACAUAGGUACACAGCUCUCUACUUACCUUGGUUAUAGUAACAGCUCACUCAACCCUUUUCUCUAUGUGAUAGUAGGAAAACAUUUCAGGCAAAGGGCUAAAGGAGUAUUUGCUCAGAUACUGAACUGGGGGCGUUGGCGAGUCUAUCCAGCUCACAAAAUCAACUCCAGUCUAAGAUAUACAGAGGGUACAAGAGUGUAA